AUGGUAAAUUUCGCCAGUCAGGAAUCGGAUUGUGAGUCUAAUUAUGGCCUCUCGCUGAUCCAGAAGACAAUUGUAAAAUCCUUCGAAACUGGUCUUUGUGAUGAUAUUUCAGCAUCCAACCUAAGAACCACCCUUCGUACCCCAGGGCUAACUGAUGAGGAACUUAUGAAACAAGUUAAUGAACUAGCUUCACAGCAAGAUGAGCAUACCACAAAAUUGGCAACUGAACACCAAAAAAGGGCCAAAGUAAACGCUUGCAAAGUCCCCAGGGAGGGAGGAGAACAGAGAGCCAGGAACCCAAGUUCAGACAGGAGCCAACAGAUUCUUUCUGAAAUCUGGCAGAUGAAAUCAGAAAUUAACGACCUCAAAGGUAGAGUUAAUGCCCAAAGCGGCCAGGUGGCAAAACCAAACUGAGGCAGAUCCCCCUACAGAGGCCAUAGAGGUGGUUACCAGUCAAAAAACCCAAGUUGGGGUUGUCAAAGUUGUAAAGAGCGUGGAAGAGGAGAGGAAUGUGACCAUUGUUUCACUUGAGGUAUCUCUGGACAUGUAGCGCGUGAGUGUAGAAGAAGAAGGCAUCAGGCUAGUCAUCUGGGAAACGACCAGCAACUAUUCAGGUGGGACACAGAAUAGUCGACAGUAACAGCUACAAGUCCCAUCAAUGUAAUGGCACUGGCCAAGUUCAGUUGGAGAGAGUAAAGUUGUUGCAAUGUUCAGAAUGUAAAAUGGUGAAAUACUGUAGUCGGGCUUGUGAAAAGAAAUACUGGCCAGACCAUGAAGUGCUAUGUACCACAAUUUCACACAUGUCACACAAAGCGGAGCCAAAGACCUUGGACCCUAGUGAUAGUACCUUUGUUAGUCAUCUGACACCACGACAGCAUGCCACAGUGGUAGGAUUGGUGGAGAAAAGAUGCACUGUUAAAGGAGAAAUCAAUGGUCAUUCAGUAGGUGUACUGUGGGACACAGGGGCCCAGCUUUCGUUUAUAUCCAACAACUUUCUUGAGGAAGAAUUUGUCUGGUUUUGUUGUUAAAGAUAUUUCGGAAUUGCUAAACAUCAAACUAAACUUGAUUGCUGCUAACAGUAGCGAGAUGCCACACAUAGGAUGGGUGGAGCUAAAUUUCAGACUACUGCCUUACAAAAAUGAUUUGAAAGUUCCACUUCUUGUUACAGAAUAA